GCAUCCGCGCGGCUCAGUCGCCGUUGAGUCCGCGACUUGAACCGAUCGCCCAUACACGCUCUAUACACACAUACAAACCUGUACACUAUACUUACUUAUUCAGUGCGCGAUUCGAGCAUGGAUAUGGUAGGCGAGACCAGUGCGCGUGUACAGUAGCUAUUCGGCGAGUGUCAGAACAAUACGAGGGGCAGGGGGAAGAAGCGGAGCAAAAGAGGUCGAAGGAGCCGCUGGCGAGAACGUGGUGUGUCGACGUCGGGCGCUGCGGGUGCUGCGGCUGGCAGCGGCGGCGGCGACAUCGGGCCCGGAUGCUCGCAAGACAGAAGAGACGCCGGAGACGCUGCCACGUUGGAAGGCAAAAUAUUGACCGCCGUCAACAAGUUUCUGACGACAUCCCCGCUGGUUAACAAAGUCAAGCUGCUCAUGACUCGUCAAAGCAGCACAGUAUCCAACGAGGAUGAAGAGGCCGAGGCAGGAGCGACGGCUGCGGCGGCGGCGGCGGCGGCCUCGAGCUCCCGAGCCGCCUCGAUAAUCUCGCCCACGACGGACAUCGUCAGCUCGCUCAAGUCCGUCUUCGCCGACCCCUUCGGCGGCUCUCGUCUCCUGUCGUCCAGUCGUGACCGCGAGAAGGAUGUCGAUAGGGAGAGAGAGACGAGGGAAAGCAGCAGAAGUGGCAGCAUUAGCGCCAGCACCGGUGCCAUAUGCAAGCACAGCCACAUGCACGCCAGGCGGGAGAGCAGGGACUACGAGCUGCCGAGGAUCGAGUACACCCUGCCGCAGAGAGCCGAGUACGGCUCGAGUAGUCGGGACGGAGCCUCGAGUAGCUCGUACGACCCGGCGGUGGCCGGGACGAGCGGCGGCUCCUCGUCCUCCUCCUCCGUCCCCGGCACCUCCUCCAGCCACGUCUACGCUCUGUCGGCGACACCUGACCACCUCAUGUCCAGCCUCGCCCUCAAGAAGCCACACAUCAGCAAGGCGCAGAUGAAAGAAUUUCGGGAGGCCUUUCGGCUCUUUGACAAGGACGGCGACGGCAGCAUCACAAAGGAGGAACUCGGCAGGGUCAUGCGCUCGCUCGGACAGUUCGCCAGAGCCGAGGAACUUCGCACCAUGCUCGAGGAGAUCGACAUUGACGGCGACGGCAACGUCAGCUUCGAGGAGUUCGUCGAGAUCGUCAGCAACAUGGGGGGCAGCGCGAGUUCGUCUUCGCCUACGGAUCAGGACCAAGAAGAGCAGGAACUUCGCGAUGCUUUCAGGGUGUUCGACAAGCGCAACCGCGGCUACAUAACCGCCUCGGAUCUGCGGGCGGUGCUGCAGUGCCUGGGCGAGGAUCUCUCCGAGGAGGAAAUCGAGGACAUGAUCAAGGAGGUGGACGUGGACGGUGACGGCCGAAUCGAUUUCUAUGAAUUCGUGCGCGCACUGGGUGAGCCAGGAAUCGAGGGCGACGACGACGAGGACGACGAGGACGAGGAUGAUGCCGCAGCGGCGCAAUCGCCAACGUCGCCUUAAAGCCUCGCUCCCCACGCUGAAAUCUGCCGAUAAGAAUGAAAACUCAAUGGGAAAAAGACGCAAGCACGCGUGUGCAUUCGAGAGGGAAAAGAUUUACGGAGGCGCUUUUACGCCGCGUCAUCUGCCACGCCGCUCGUCGGCUAUUAAGACUUUCGAACGUUUAUAUUGAAAACGGCUGGCGUGCGUCGACGACGAAAAAGGAACGAAAAAAAAAGCGAAAAACAAACGGAGGGACGAGCGCUAACUCGAGCCGUCGUAAAAGCGCACAGAGGGGGGGGGGGGGAUAGCGUAAAUCUCCGGCGCUGUUUUAAUAUCCAUACGCAGCUAUGUGUGUAACGCACAUAGGCACUUUUCAUUGUGACUGAGGCCGAGAGCUGCGUAUACGAGUGCGUGUGUGUGUGUGUGUGUGACUGUUCUUGGCUUUUCGCGGAUUUUUUUGUUUCUUCGUUUUACGACUACUACUCGCCGGGCGUGAAAAGUUGGCUUUUUUGAAUUCGGCCCUUGGACAAAGAGAGGAAGCCAGCGUUUUCCGGGUACGGUUAUUGAGAGAGGGAGAGAGAAGACCUGUGCGAAAGAACGAUCAAAGUACGCUGGAAUUUUGGCGAACGAGUUUCCGAAGUAACUAAGAAAGAAGGUCGAAAGAAGUUUCAGCGCACUUUUUGUUUCUCGAACGAAAUUUUACGACUUUGCCCUGCAUAGUGGAUACAUAUUUGCAUUUUUGUCUAUGAAGCAAUCGAUCUUUUUUAACGCGCUUAAAGGCCUUUUUCCGAUUCUACGAUGGACAGACACGAAUACCCGCGUUUACCCUUGUGUGCUAUAGCUGUGUAUGGAGAAGGUCGAAAGAAGCGUCGUUUAAAAAAGUCCACCGUAUUUCUAUGAUCGAGAAAAAAAACAAUUAAAAGUAUGUUAUAAAGACGACUUACCUUUUUAAGUGUGACGAGCUACUGAUAAUCGAUAAAUCGUAUAGUCAUAUUGCAUUAACGGAUGAAGACGCACGUUGAUUAAAGAUAAUCCAUAUAUAUAUAUAUAUAUAUAUGAAAACUUUUCCCUCUUGACGAAUUAUAGAUUAAACUAAAUCAAAUUCAAACGUAGUAGAUGUCAAAAUUUCGAUGAAAAUCUCGAUUGUCCUGGUCGAGCGAUGUACUGACUUCGAAGAUGCGCAAAGGAGCUUCUCUAUGAGAAAGACCAUUGCAUCGAUUAUAUAUAUAUAUGAAUAUAAAUAUGUUGUAAGAUGUCAUCGUUGACUUAUCUCAUUCUGCAGGCUUUAGACGUAUUGAAUGAUAAAGAAAAUCAAUCGAUCAAAUCGUUCCAUUCAGGAGCAAAAUUUAAAACGCUAAUUCGCAGCUACUACUACUUAUAUUAUAGAACUCACGCACGAAUUUCUCAAUUUUCAUAAAAAGACUUUUUCGACUAUCGCGUGUGCGCACAUUAUAAAAACGAUGUAAAUCAAAUGUAUAUUUGAAAUCAAAAGAUUGUGACCUGGCUGUUGAUUCUUCGACUAUAUAUUUCCUAAUCCAAAGUAAACACUAGCGAGUUUUUGGUUUCACAAACUCCAUAAUUUUUGCCUUUCGUACGUUAUAACAAUGUGGGUGUGAUACAACAUCAAUCUGCCUGGUCUCAUAAUUCACAGCUUAUAAAUAUGAAUUCGCGGCAACACUGAUGUGACAAAGGUUUUUCGGGUCAACGAUUUCGCGAUCAAAUUAAUCGUAUAUUGUAUUGAGUACGAUAAUGACGUCGUUUGGUGAACUGGCCACGUUGAUUUUUCAUGGAUUUACAAAGAAAAGCAUGUUGAACAAAGACUCGCUAACGUUGGAAUUAAAGAUACAAAAAUACAUUUGAAUCAAUAGGUAUAUAAAUAUGCGUGUAUAUUGUGUAAGCUCAAUGCAUCGUCACGUACUCUGCUCGUUCAUUUUGUUAUGAUGACGCUUUUCUACGUGGAGGAGUGCACUGGCAAACUCACACUCAUGAGCAGAGUGUCGACAGCUCACUUGAUAAAAGAAAAAAAGGUCGUUAAUCAAGCACGUGAUUGAUUUUUCUGGUGGAUCGACAUUUGAAUUUGUGAUAUGCUGCAAUAUUAUUGUAGUGAACUAUAUUAUAUACAAAUUGGCUCUAAUACUGUUGAAUAUUAUGAGAUUAUAUAUUUUACGUUUCCCUUUUUUUCAUUAUACGUAUUUUAUACUCCUCUCUAUAUAUAUGCGCGAUUACAUCUAUAUGACCAGUAGGAGAAAACUAGGGCUCUGGAAGUUAAUUAUUAUGUUUUCCUUCUGAAUUUUCUAACAGAAAUUGUUAGAACAUGUUUGAACAUGACGAAAAUUAACGAAAAAUAGCCUACAGCUUUCAGGACCUCAGUUAUAUUGGACCAUAUAAGUAUUUGGUUUAGAAAAAUUCGUUGCUCGAACACAGUACUGACAAACUACCUGUAUUUAUCUAAGUGUAAUUCUAGUUACAAUUAAAAUUACAACAGGUUAUUUCUUCUCCGUUUCAGCAUAUGCAUAUAUAAAUAUAUAUCUAUUUUAAGAAUUCAAUAAAUCACUAAUAAAUUACAAA